AUUGGUAUAAAAUAGUAUAGCUUACAUAAUCCGCUUGACAUGAUUUCACUAACUAGUUACCUUUACAAUGGCCACCAUGUUUGGAGUGUAAAUCAAGUCGCCAAGACGGUCUUCUUUGCAACCCACCGAUAGCUUGCUGUAAGCCCAAAGUUCAUAGUACUGCUAGGUGGAGUCUCAUUCUUACUUCUCAUUCUGUGUUCAUUGGUCAUCCCAUGGAAUACUUCAAGGGGACUACUGCAAUUGCUGUUGUUUUUCUCGGGAUUCUCACUUCAAUAGCGUAUAGGAUGCUGGGUUUCGGGUCAAACAAAUUUCCAGUCAAUGGAAAGACCAUCCUGAUAACCGGUGCUUCGGAGGGAAUGGGAAGAUCUGCGGCAAUUCAGCUUGCGCAGAAAGGGGCCAACAUUGUCAUUGUUUCUCGAUCCACUCAAAAGCUUGAAGCUGCCAUCAAACUCAUCCAGGCAGCCGCUGUAGAUCCCUCCAAACAACGUUUCCAUUAUAUCAGUGCGGACUUAACGAACCCUGACGACGCCGACCGGAUUUUGGACGAAACCACCAAGUGGAACAAUGGUGUCGCACUUGAUGCUGUUUGGUGCUGUGCUGGAUACUGCCAUCCCGGAUACUUUAUCGAUGUCCCUAUCCAGACCUUAAGAGAUCAGAUGGAUACGGUAUAUUGGACUUCUGCAUACACCGCACAUGCUACAUUAAGAAGGUGGUUGGCGCCUAUUACGUCGAGUGGAACGAAUCUUUCAUCACCCCCCAGACAUCUUAUUUUCACGGCUUCCACUUUGAGCUUUUUCACCGUCACCGGGUACAGCCCAUAUUCGCCACCAAAAGCUGCUAUACGAAACCUGUCCGACGUGCUGGUUCAAGAGAUUGAAAUGUACAACGGCGCGCGCCGCAGCAAAGACGCGAAUGCACCUGCCACAGAUGUCAAAAUUCACAUUGUGUUCCCUAUGGGGAUCUCGAGUCCAGGCUUCGAAAACGAGCAGAAAUUGAAACCAGCUCUCACUCAUAUCAUGGAGGAAGCUGACAAACCCCAGACACCAGACGAAGUUGCGGCCAUUGCCAUUAAAGGACUCGAAAAGGGCGACUUUCAAAUUAUAACCAAUAUGGUUGGUCAAGUGAUGCGGACGAGUUCCCUUGGCAUUAGCCCUCGAAACAGCGUCUUCCUCGACACUGUGGCUAGUUGGUUCACUAAUAUUGUAUGUCUAUUUGUCAUUUCAGAUUUUAUGGGGAAGGCCUUCAAUUUUGGGAAGAAGAAUGGGAUAUCCUCAACUAGGCCCUAGGUCUCACAUCCUAGGUGGGCUGCGAGCCGGGAAAGUGCGUAUGUUGCUAGGUUGUGAUGUAAAUUAGUAUUACCCUAAUAUCAAUAUACACUAUUUUUAAUAAUUC